CUUGACGCGCGGUCGCGGUGGCUCAUGCCUGUAAUCCUAGCACUCGGGAAGGCACAGGCGGGAUCGCUUGAGCUCAAGAGUAGACCAGCCUGAGCAACAAGCGAGACCCCGAGACCCCGAAAAUUAGACGGGCGAGGUGGCACGCGCCGAUAGUCCCAGCUACUCCGACGGCUGAGGCAGGAUCGCUUAAGCCCAGGAGCUGGUGAUUGCGGUUAAGUUAUGAUGACGCCAUUCCACCCUAGCCUGGGCAACGGAGCAAGACCUUGUCCCUAAAAAGAAAAAAAGACAGAGAUCCUUGCCGAGAAAAGAGCAGUUUUUGUUCAGGCGACAGGUGGCGCUGUCUGUGGAGGCUUAGACCCAUUCCCCGCCCUCCGCCCGCUCCCGCUUCUGUGCGCACGCGCGGCUUCGUGGAUUGGCCGCGCGCGGGAGCCGUCAUUCGGUGGCGGGUCCCGGCCGUGGGACUGGCGGGCUGAGAGGAGAAAAGAUGGCGGCAGCGGCGGCUCCUGGUGCGGCCUCUGGGCUGCCGGGUCCGGUGGCACAAGGAUUGAAAGAAGCAUUAGUGGAUACGCUCACCGGGAUCCUGUCCCCAGUGCAGGAGGUGCGGGCGGCUGCCGAGGAACAGAUUAAGGUGCUGGAGGUGACAGAGGAAUUUGGUGUUCACUUAGCAGAACUGACUGUAGAUCCUCAGGGAGCAUUGGCGAUCCGUCAGCUGGCAUCAGUCAUCUUGAAACAAUAUGUGGAGACCCACUGGUGUGCUCAAUCAGAGAAGUUUAGGCCUCCUGAAACUACAGAAAGGGCAAAAAUUGUUAUCCGAGAGUUAUUGCCCAAUGGAUUGAGAGAAUCAAUAAGCAAAGUGCGCUCCAGUGUGGCUUAUGCUGUGUCAGCCAUUGCCCACUGGGACUGGCCUGAAGCUUGGCCCCAGCUCUUCAACCUACUUAUGGAAAUGUUGGUGAGCGGAGACUUAAAUGCUGUCCAUGGAGCCAUGCGUGUGCUGACAGAAUUCACCCGAGAAGUGACAGACACACAGAUGCCACUUGUAGCUCCUGUCAUUCUCCCAGAGAUGUAUAAGAUCUUCACCAUGGCUGAGGUGUAUGGUAUUCGAACCCGUUCCCGAGCUGUGGAGAUUUUUACCACUUGUGCCCAUAUGAUCUGUAACAUGGAGGAGCUGGAAAAGGGUGCAGCCAAAGUCCUGAUCUUUCCUGUGGUGCAGCAGUUCACAGAGGCCUUUGUUCAGGCACUCCAGAUACCAGAUGGCCCCACAUCUGACAGUGGGUUUAAGAUGGAGGUCUUAAAGGCAGUGACAGCCCUAGUGAAAAACUUCCCAAAGCACAUGGUGUCCUCCAUGCAGCAGAUUCUACCUAUUGUCUGGAACACCCUAACUGAGAGUGCAGCUUUUUAUGUGAGGACAGAAGUAAAUUACACAGAAGAAGUAGAAGAUCCUGUGGAUUCUGAUGGUGAAGUCCUGGGCUUUGAAAAUCUUGUCUUUAGCAUUUUUGAAUUUGUCCAUGCUCUACUAGAAAAUAGCAAAUUCAAAAGCACUGUUAAGAAAGCCUUGCCUGAAUUGAUUUACUAUAUUAUCUUGUACAUGCAAAUCACAGAGGAACAGAUUAAAGUAUGGACAGCUAACCCUCAACAGUUUGUAGAAGAUGAAGAUGAUGAUACUUUCUCCUACACUGUUAGAAUUGCAGCUCAAGACCUGUUGCUGGCUGUGGCCACAGAUUUCCAGAAUGAAAGUGCAGCAGCCCUGGCUGCAGCAGCUACUAGGCAUUUACAAGAAGCUGAGCAAACCAAAAACAGUGGCACUGAGCAUUGGUGGAAGAUCCACGAGGCAUGCAUGCUUGCCCUAGGCUCAGUGAAGGCCAUCAUCACUGACAGUGUGAAAAAUGGCAGGAUUCAUUUUGACAUGCAUGGGUUCCUGACCAAUGUCAUCCUUGCAGACCUCAACCUUUCAGUGUCUCCUUUCCUCUUGGGCCGGGCACUUUGGGCUGCUAGUCGGUUCACUGUUGCUAUGUCCCCUGAGCUGAUCCAGCAGUUCCUACAGGCAACAGUUAGUGGCCUUCAUGAGACACAACCCCCAUCAGUUCGAAUUUCUGCUGUGAGAGCUAUCUGGGGUUAUUGUGACCAACUGAAAGUCUCAGAGAGUACCCACGUGCUCCAGCCUUUCCUCCCCAGCAUCCUUGACGGCUUAAUUCACCUAGCAACCCAGUUCAGCUCAGAAGUUCUCAACCUGGUGAUGGAGACCCUAUGCAUCGUUUGUACAGUAGACCCAGAAUUCACAGCAAGCACGGAAAGCAAAAUCUGCCCCUUCACCAUCGCCAUUUUCCUAAAGUACAGUAAUGAUCCUGUUGUCGCCUCACUGGCUCAAGACAUCUUUAAAGAGCUGUCCCAGAUUGAAGCCUGUCAGGGCCCAAUGCAGAUGAGGCUGAUUCCCACCCUGGUCAGCAUAAUGCAGGCCCCAGCAGACAAGAUCCCUGCAGGACUCUGUGCAACAGCCAUUGAUAUCCUGACCACAGUAGUACGGAAUACAAAGCCUCCCCUUUCUCAACUCCUCAUCUGCCAAGCUUUUCCUGCUGUGGCACAGUGUACCCUUCACACAGAUGACAAUGCCACCAUGCAGAAUGGUGGAGAGUGCUUGCGGGCCUAUGUGUCAGUGACUCUGGAGCAGGUAGCCCAGUGGCAUGACGAGCAGGGCCACAAUGGGCUGUGGUAUGUGAUGCAAGUGGUGAGCCAGCUCCUGGACCCCCGCACCUCAGAGUUCACUGCAGCCUUUGUGGGCCGCCUCGUGUCCACCCUCAUCUCUAAAGCAGGACGGGAGCUGGGUGAGAAUCUAGACCAGAUUCUUCGUGCCAUCCUCAGUAAGAUGCAGCAGGCAGAGACGCUCAGUGUCAUGCAGUCUCUGAUCAUGGUGUUCGCUCAUCUGGUGCACACUCAGCUGGAACCUCUCUUAGAGUUCUUGUGUAGCCUCCCAGGCCCUACUGGCAAACCUGCCCUGGAGUUUGUGAUGGCUGAGUGGACGAGCCGGCAGCAUCUCUUCUAUGGACAGUAUGAAGGCAAAGUUAGCUCUGUGGCACUGUGUAAACUGCUCCAACAUGGCAUCAAUGCAGAUGACAAACGGCUACAGGAUAUCCGUGUGAAGGGAGAGGAGAUCUACAGCAUGGAUGAGGGCAUCCGCACCCGCUCUAAGUCAGCCAAAAACCCAGAGCGCUGGACAAACAUUCCUUUGCUGGUGAAGAUCCUAAAGCUGAUCAUCAAUGAGCUCUCCAACGUCAUGGAGGCCAAUGCCGCUCGCCAGGCCACUCCUGCAGAGUGGAGUCAAGAUGACUCCAAUGAUAUGUGGGAAGAUCAGGAGGAAGAGGAGGAGGAGGAAGAGGAUGGUUUAGCUGGCCAACUUUUAUCUGACAUUCUUGCUACAAGUAAAUAUGAGGAGGAUUACUAUGAGGAUGAUGAGGAAGAUGACCCCGAUGCCCUGAAGGAUCCUCUCUAUCAGAUUGAUCUACAGGCAUAUCUCACAGACUUCCUCUGCCAGUUUGCGCAGCAGCCCUGCUACAUAAUGUUCUCAGGCCACCUUAAUGACAAUGAGAGGCGAGUUCUACAGACCAUCGGUAUCUAAAAAGGGGAGCCUUUCUACAUUUGCUCCUUCUCCUGGCCAAGCCUCAAACUGUUUUGCAGCCUUCACUCACUUUGAGAUGUACUUUCUUCUCAACCUGGGGUGGCAUCCUGACCCUUGGCCUUUGGCCCCUGCAGAGUGACACUGAUGACAACUCAUACCAAGCUCGCCAGUGCCAUUACUUAGGAAUCCUGGAACAAAGGACAUUCCUCAAAGUCCCCCUGAAGACAUCUCAUCUCUACAACCUUGUUUCUCCCCACCUUUAUCCCUACCUCUGUUCCUAGAGUCUUCUGCUGGCCAGCCCAGAAACAUUAUUACCCAGAAGGAUUAUGUGUUGAUGGAUUAUUUUGCUCUGCCUCGGGAGCACAGGACGUCACUACCAUUUAUAUUCUAAAACAGACCUAUCUACUUACAUAGGAUAUCUGACAUGCUCAGAUAGGAAUCCUCUUGAGAGAUUGUUAUGCUUUCUGCCCUUGACUCGCGAUGCUCCAGGUUCUCAGGAGGAACAAACGGGAACAGUUGCAUUCUAAACCCUUUCCAGUGACCUCUUUGCCUUGCUUCCCUUCUACAACACUAAGGUUCCUCUGUCAGAGGAAGUCAUUUUCUUGUUUUUGCCUCAUUGCAUGACACAGCCCCUCCCCCCAAACUGUUCCUAUAUAUACAUGUACACACACAAAAUAAGCCAGACAGAUGGCACUUUGUUUUUCCUUUUUUAGAAAAAAAAAAAAAAAAGGGAAAAAAGGACUUUUUAAAAAUCCACCUGACCCAACUAUAUUUAAUAUGCCUCUCCCACACAUUACCACAAAGUCUGAUAUUCAGAGUAUCCCCUCUCCCUCAGGAAUCCUCUAAAGUGGUUAAGUUGUAGACCUCAAAUUUGCAAUGUGUAUUUUUCUAGGACAGUAAAGUAAUCUUUACAAAUGAA